UAGCUCUUCCGCCGGGUGUGCACGAACGGACUUGGCUUCCGCUGCUUCCUCGGUCUCGCUCGGUGUGGCGAAUCUGCCGUUGCGACACAAUGGCUGGGAGCGCAAGGCCCCACGGGAGGCUUGUGGAAUCUGCUGUGGGAAGAAGGGAAGCCAGGUUUCUUAGGCAGCCACAGUCAUGGGGGAGACGGCCCGCAGUGCCGCGGGCUCCGCGCCUGGGGAGGCGGCUUCCGCCGAAGCCCCGCUGCAGUACAGCCUUCUUCUGCAGUACCUGGUGGGUGACAAGCGUCAGCCCCGGCUCCUGGAGCCUGGGAGCCUGGGCGGGAUCCCGAGUCCGGCCAAGAGUGAGGAGCAGAAGAUGGUCGAGAGGGCGAUGGAAAGCUGCGCCUUCAAGGCGGCGCUGGCCUGCUUGGGAGGAUUUGUCUUGGGAGGUGCAUUUGGGGUGUUCACUGCUGGCAUUGAUACCAAUGUGGGCUUUGACCCUAAGGAUCCUUACCGCACACCUACAGCAAAAGAAGUUCUUAAAGACAUGGGGCAGAGAGGAAUGUCCUACGCCAAAAAUUUUGCCAUCGUGGGCGCCAUGUUUUCUUGCACUGAGUGUUUGGUAGAAUCUUACCGGGGAAAAUCAGAUUGGAAGAACAGUGUCAUCAGUGGCUGCAUCACUGGAGGAGCCAUUGGUUUCAGAGCUGGCGUAAAGGCUGGGGUCAUUGGUUGUGGAGGUUUUGCUGCUUUCUCUGCUGCGAUCGAUUAUUACCUACGGUGAGAGCAGUUGCCUCCAGGGAAGGAUGAUGCCAGCCCAGGAUCAGAGCUGUUCUGUGUAGGGCAGUGUCUGCACCAUGCCGGGGCACUUGCUUCAGAGACUGAAGACAUUUGUUUUCCCUCACAUAGUUGGUGUCGUGAGGGAGCUGCCUGGCUGCAAUCUGCCACCUCUGAGCUGCCACGCUCUCUGCUCCUGGACUCCAGCCAGGCUGUGGGGGGCUGUGCCACGCCAGCCGCUCUCUUUCGGGCAGAUCAGGAGUCAGCGUGUUGACCUGUAGGAGUUGAGUCCCGCAGACGUUCAGUCCUGACCACAACUGGCCCUCUGGUGGUUUGGUGCCGUGGGAAUGGAGGGAACUUCACAUAUACCCGGGAAGCUGUUCUACCUUGGACCUCCAUGCCGUCAUCCAUCUCACACACUGGGGCAGGGCAAAGUGAAUUUAUGCCAUCCGACCAAUGAUGUCAUUUUGUUUAGUGUUCUGCCUUGUUAAAAAACAUAUAUAUAUAUGUAUUUAUAUUACAGUUUAAAAGGUUGGCUUAUUUUUAUUUUCAAAUUCCACAAUUCCCAAAAAUGGUUCCAGGUGCCCAAAGAUUGAACAUACAUAGGGAAAGCGUGAGCAAACUCCUGCGAAGUUUGGGAAUGUUAGGUUCCCAGGAUCUGCAGAGUAGCGUUAUCCUCACUGAGAUUGUUACGUUGGCCAGGGCCUUCCCCUAAAGAAGCCCAGCCUAGCCAUGUCCUAGGAUGCGUUGAAACUCCACGCAUAACCCCUGCUGGCCUCUUCUAAGAAAUCCCUCCUGUGGGCUGGCCAAUGGGAAUGCCUGCGGUCUAAACCACACACGGGUGUUCCGCUCUGACCACCAGACCAGGCCCGGCUCAAGGACACAGUGUGUGAAGGGUCCUGCUCUGGUCCUCCUGGUGACUAAGUCACAGCAGCCACUGGUUACGAUCAGACCGAGUUGAGGAGCUGUUCACCGCUACCAUUUUUCUCUGAUGUCAGCGUUUUUCUUUCUUCCUUAAACAUAUUAGUCUUUUUGACUUGACCUGGUAGCCUUUUUUUCUGACAGUAGCAGCUCAGCCUAAUUCUGUGCCAUAUGCAAAGAAAUAGCCUUUUACAAUUGGGAUCUGCCACAGAUGCUGCUUUACUCGGGUGCUCUGGUGGUGGGGUGAGGAUGAACUCGGGACAGGCAGGUAGCUUGGUGGGGGCCAUGCAAUUCCAGCCACCGUAAGCCAGUGGUAACGUCUCCUUUAUUCUACCUUUGCCUUUUUGCCUCUUUUUGGCUUUCGGCCCCCUUGUCUGCCGUCUUCCAGCUCACCCACCCUUAACCAGAACUCAGACUCAGCUGAACCAUCCAGACAUCCUGAGUGAGUGUGUGUGUGAGAUAAUGUCAAACCCAGCUGGUAACACCUUCCUCUGGCCAUGUCUGCUGUUGCCUUUGGAAUGAGUGAGCCAGUACACAAGACUCAUGUCCUUCUAUGGGGAAUUCUAUAGAAUGCCUGUCCCAGUCUCAGUCACGAGGCUUCACUGCGGCUAGGCUGGCUGGAGUAUCCUCACAGGUCAGAGAACAAAUGUAGGAGUGUUUCCUCUACCGUCUGUAAAUAAGUCGCCUAUAAGCACUUAGAGCAAGAGUAGAUACUCCUACCCUGGCACCUGCUACAGUGCUAGAAGCCCAGCAUCUUCUACCAUCCAGUCUAGUGCGUGGGGUCAAAUACAUUGACUGACUGAGUACAGGAAACUGUCCUCACGACUGCCUUGAAAAAGAUGAGCCCCGGGCUGUCAGUAGCCAUCAGUUCAAUAAGCCAAGCAUUGUCCACGUUGACUAUUCAAUCAAGAGAGGAGAUGAAUAGCUUCCUGUUUUAGAUGGCUAAGGAGGCAGUAUGAGCUCAUAAACCAAACACCAAUUUUCAGAGACAUCUGUUCCUGAUCUCCAGAAUAAACACAGUGUCCAAUGGCUUAGGCUGGUGGAAGCCUACAUUAACCCCACUAGCUCUCUUAUCGGGAGGAUGGGCCUCUAGGGGAUGCAGACUCGCCAACGAGCAGAUGAGGACAAAAGGCUGCCCCAAGGACCUGCUACUUCCAAGGAAAAUGGAGAGAAAAUUCACAUAAGAUAAGCCUCCACUUGAAUGGACAACAACUUCCUGCCAUCUCUCUGAGGCACACUGAUGGCCACGUCCCUGGUGGGGCAGUUGUAUUUCAUGAAAAGAACCGGCUGGUGACUGAGGUGGAGGCGUUGGUGAAAGAGCAAGGACGGGGCAUGGGCUCAUCGCCCCCCAAAACCGCCACAGUCUCCACAGGCCGAAGGGACGCUCAAGGGUGAGUUCACUAGGUAAACAGAUUCUUGGAAGCACAUCUGGAUGCAGCUGGAAGAGUUAAAUAUUUAGAUUGGUGGUCUUCCCUGGACUCCUGAGAACACAAACGUCCACACCACAGGGCUGAGUUGUGUGCAAAUGUUGGGGCUUUGCAUUUUUUUUAUUAACAUUUUCCUCUCACGUGGUUUACAUCAAUUUAUAAUCUACGUAAGUUGAAACAGAACAUAGACCAAAGAAAAAUAUAUCCUUACCAACUUAUUAAAGUCAAAUAUUAAUGAAGUGUCCCAUCCUACCUGUAUCAGCAAACACCGGUGGCCCACAGCCGUUGCCAGCAAGGACAGGCAUGCAGGAUUCCUGUAGCCUGUCUUGACGGGCCUCUGUUGGCACAGACUGCCCUGCUGGGCACAGUGGCUGGGGCUUCUGGGCUGCACAGUCCCUGUCUCGUAGGAGAACCCACGGGCUAUUUCCUCAGUGCAGCUCAGUCCAGGUCUGGUACCCCGCCCCUCCCUGCUCUUGGGGGUGGAAUUUAUAAAUAUUCUGAGCCUUUUGCAUUUCUCAGCCCUUCCGGCCUUCCUCCCAUUCUCAUUGCCUAAGUGAGGUUGGGGGGCUGCAGUACACCUGAUGCUGAGAAGCAAACCUCCCUUGUUUUGGGGAGGUGGGAGGCACCCAUUUGGGGCUGUAAAUAGCUCUAGCUGGCCCUCCAGUUCAUUCCAGUCAAUGGCUGUGGAAGCAAGAGCCUUCCAUGCCACAUACCAGCUCCUGAGUGCCGAGCAGACUCCAGGGAUGAUCAGACACUGGGGAUCUUCAGACUCAAGCGGCCUUCUUUCUCUACCCCCUGUCUCAGAGAGCGGGGCUCCUUGCUGAGCUGCUAGCAGGCAGCUAGGGGGUCAGUACUGCCCUCCUCUUAGGCAUCUCUUUCCUCCGAUGUGCACAGAAUGUGUACCGUUCUGCCCAUGAUUGGGCAACAGGUGUAAACAAGAUGAGAAAGGGCCCUUCCUCUCACUGAGCAAGUGCGACGGCUUUAGGGCCCUAAACCCUUCUUUAAAACAGCUCUGAGCUCAAGCUAGGGGAGCUCUUCUCUCCAAUCCUGAGGGCCUAGAAUCUAGUCUCUGCCACAUAGGAGAGCCAGGGAGCUGUGUACUGCAGCUCCAAUCUCUGCAGCCCGGGAGUGUCUGCCCUCCCAGGCUAACUGCCAGAGGCCAGCGGCCCCUGCUCAGGUGGGGAGAAAUUGCACUUUGGGGGUACUUCUCCUUUCCAGUGCUGAGCAGCGGGCCUCGGUGUUGGGAUCGGAACCUGCUGAUCCCCUACUCUGGAGCAGAGCGUCCACAACGAGGGUCCCCUGCAAAACCCAGUCCCGAGAGAGGCAGGUACCUGUGACUCCUCAUUCUUCCCCAGCUCCUGGAGUUUCCCCGAGUUCACCUACAAGGCUGCAUCUAGAAGCCGAGGGUGGAAGGCAGCACCAGGACGGCUGGCUAGCUGGACCGUGCCUGCCUUUCCCAGGGCCUGGAGCACACGUGGCCGUGGGGGCUGCCCCUGGCAGUGCUUGGCUGUGGAGAAAGUGUAAACCCUAAGGCAAAGGUGCCACGAGGUACGGGAGGCACCGGGAAGGACUAGCCCUCCUGGACAGAACCUGCCUGUUUCUGGACACCUGCUUCAGCCGUAGUAGCUGCCCUCCCAGAAGCCCAGCUCCACGAGAAAAGCCACCACAACUGCUUGCUGCCGAGAGCCUCUUCCCCCCAGCCUAGGACACCCAGCGCUCCCUGGCGCUCCUCUCAACGUCCCACCUGUCCCUUUUCCCCGGCGGCCUGACCCUCCCACCUCCCCCGAUUCUUUCCUGACCCUCUGGCUACCUUGGUAGCAGGUCACUUGUGAGUCUUGUAUACUCAAAGGAAACAGAACAGCAAGGGAAAAGGAACUGAAAAGCAGAAGAAACAGUCAAAGAUGCCUCACUCGUACUGGAGACAGAACAGAUAAACCCAGAAAUGGAGAGUCUCAGGUGGAAAAAUCCCAGAAAUCCGCCCUCCAGCCUGUGCUAAGCUGAGGAUUAGUGUGAGUCUGUCUCCUUGUCCAACAUUUGCACAGGCGGCAAGGCAAGCAGGUGCGCUUCCGCAGGCAGAGGGCAAGGAGAGGCCGGGGGCGGCAGGCGGCGGCGCGGCACGGGCCACCACUGCCACCGCCGCCCAGGGCCUCCUCAGAGCUUUCGAGGCGCUGGAUCAAAAACCAAGGCUGCACAUGCAUGCAGGCAGGCUGGGAGGGAGGAGAGGGCGGAGGAAGACCGAGGGGAGGCUGCCAGGAGACUGCGAUCUGGGGGCAGGGCCAAGAGAGGAGAAGCUGGCAGCAGUCACAGAGCGCAAAAUAAAAGCCCUUGGACCGGACUCAGGAGGAAAGAAAGUGUUGGAGGAAAUGAAAGAACAAAGCAGGCUGUCUGUGUGCCCACACCGGGUCGGUCACUACCUUUCCUGCAUGACAAGUAGACGUAAAACAAUUCCCAAACAGCACGGAGCAUUAGACACAACUAGAGGAACAGAGGGCAGAGCCCGGGGUGCGCAGCAAGGCUGGGGCCGGGUCAGCUGGCUUUGUACAAGGUGGCACAAAAGAUGCACGUCUUCCAGUUCUUGGAAAUCUGUGUCCCUUGGAGUCUGGAGCGCUGGGUUUGGGAGUUCUCUAUUGUAGUCCUUCAAGUCUGGGUUGGGUCCCCAGCUGGAGAGGCUGGCUCGGGCCACCCCCCCAGACGCUCCCACCUCGGGCUACACAUCGGUGGAGAAGUACAGUGUGUUCCGCUUCAGUUCUGCGAAGGAGAUGGGGGGGUGCUGCAGGUAGUAGAGAAGGACCUGGACCUGCGGGAAGACAGGGGAGACUGAGGCUGGGGUCCUCGCCCUGGAGGCCCUCUGACCCGCUGAGAAGCCCUGGUCUCCAGGCUGGGCCCCUGUGGCUCCCCGCUUCCCCUUCCUCUGAAGCCCAGGUGUGGCUGCCCAUUUUCAGCAGUAGAGGGCGCUGCAGGGCAGCGGGUGGGGAGCCUGGGGCCACUUCGCCAACCUCAGUCAUAAACUUCCAACCUGCUCCAGAGCUGGGCUUUGGCUUGGCAGCCCUGCUUCAGACCAGACCCCGCCCUGGGUCUUGUAGGGCUCCUAGGGAAGCUUCCUGACCCUGGAAGCGAUGCUAGAGCUUCCGUGCGUGGGGACAAGGCCCCAGAUUUUUCUGAUACCCCUAGGCUUGCUUUCUGAGGCCCAGGCGCUCCCAGGAUUGCAGCCAGCACUUGAGACAGACAACCUCUGGGCCCCUGGUCUAGGUUCCUACUUUUCAGCAGGACUGUCCAGAGCCCUGCCUCCCUGGUGACAUCCUACAGACCAUCGUCCCCGCUGUCAGGAGGGGAGGGGGUUAGGAGUCCUAGCUGUUCUCUCUCCACCCCUCAGGGAGGCUUGUCCUUCCCCUCCAGCAGCCGCAGGCCAUGGGCAGUGCGUAGGUACCUGUGCCAUGACAUCGUGGGACCAGAUGUCGGCAGCCGACGUGAGGUGUGCUUUGCUCUCCACUUCUGAGGGUCUCAGUAACGUGGGGCCGAACACAGUAGCCAGGUUGUGAAGGGACAUCUUGUUGACGGGCUCCUUCUCAGCAACCCUGGGAGGGAGGGGAGGGGA